AUGGCCUCAAGGUUACUGCGGGUGAGCGCGGCCCUGCGGCUCCUGCCCGGCGCCUCCGCCCGCGCCGCGCCCGCGCGCCAGCUCGGCGUGCCCGGGAGCCUGGCCAGCGAUGAAGAACAGGCGACUGGGAUGGAGAGGAAGGUCAUGGAGGCCCUGAACAAGGGCCUGGACCCCUACAGCAUGUUCCGGCCCAAACGCUAUGCGGGCACCAAAGAGGACCCGAAUCUCGUGCCCUCCAUCACAAACAAACGCAUCGUGGGCUGUGUCUGUGAGGAGGACAACAGCUGCGUGGUUUGGUUCUGGCUGCACAAGGGCGAGGCCCAGCGCUGCCCCUCCUGUGGGGCCCACUACAAACUGAUCCCCCACGAGCUGCCCCACUGA